AUGCGGAACACGUUCUGUUUCGAUUAUCAGAGUGCGAAAACUCGAUCUUCCCGCGAAUGCAAUAGUCGUACUGUUGGCGCGCUUCGUUCUCGAGGAGUGCGGAGUUGCGGAGUUGUGGAUUGUGGAUUGUGGAGUGCGCCGUGUGCCGUGUGCCGGUUGGCCCAUGAGAGUCCAAGCCUGCCCGAGCCUGAGCCCUUCGUCGCGUGGAUGCAACAUAUGGAUAAGUAUUCCCGUAGGAAAGAUUAUGAGAGAUCAAGAAACGAUAAUGAAGGUCGACGUAAAUACAAAGAAAGAAUUUCACGCAGGAAUAAUGACAGUGAUUAUGAAAGACGUACCAGUAGUUCAAAGUCAAAACAUAAACAUUCUAAAAGUUCCAGUGAAAAGUGUACGAAAUCUAAGCAUAGAGAUUCUUCGGAAUUGUACGAAUCUCAUAAAAUAUCUUCUAAACGUAAAAACAAGAAAAGAUCAUCAUCGUCAUCGUCGUCGUCGUCUUCGUCUUCGUCUUCGUCUUCGUCUUUGUCUUCGUCUUCGUCUUCGUCUUCGUCUUUGUCUUUGUCUUCUUCAAAUUCAAGUGAAUCCAGUAGCUCAUCCUCGAGUUCUACAAAGCUAUUAGAGAAGCUCCAGAAACAACGCCAAAAACAAAUCGAAGAGAGGAAACGUCAGAAAGAACUAAUGAAAGCAACAGAGACACCGGAAGAAAAGAGGUUACGUCGCUUAAAAAAGAAAGAAGCCAAAGAACGCAAACGUAAAGAAAGAAUGGGUUGGGACAACGAUUAUUUGCAUUACACAAAUACAGAUAAUCCGUUUGGCGAUGGAAAUUUAUUAUCUACAUUUGUAUGGUCUAAGAAACUUGAAAAGGAAGGUUUACUUGGUGUUAGUAGAGAAGCAUUAGAAAUUAGGAAUAGACAUAAACAAGAGGAAAAUAAAAGAGAGUUAGAGAAAGUUAAGAAACGGCGACAAGAAAGAGAAUUGGAAAGACAACAAAGGGAAGAAGAAAUGACAUUGUUACAAAGAGGAAAAGAAGCUGCCCAGUUGGAACAAUGGGCAAGACAAGAAGAUCAAUUUCAUUUAGAGCAAGCAAGGUUAAGAUCUCGUAUCAGAAUACAGGAUGGUCGUGCGAAACCGAUCGAUCUUCUUGCAAAAUAUAUUAGCGCCGAGGAAGAAGUCGAUGCCGUGGAAAUGCACGAACCUUAUACUUAUUUACGUGGUCUACACGUAAAAGAUUUAGAAGACCUUAUCGAAGAUAUUAAAGUUUACAAGGAAUUGGAACGUGGUAAAAAUUUGGAUUAUUGGAAUGAUAUUACUGUAAUCGUUGAAGAUGAAUUACACAAAUUAAGAAAAUUAGAAAGAUCGGAAUACGAAGUAGCUGUCGGUCGAAGAGAAGGAAUACACGAAUCGGUAGCUAAAGAUGUAACUGCCAUUUUCAAAGGAAAAACAGCAACGCAACUAGAAGCUUUACAGUUACAAAUCGAAACAAAAAUUACAGGAAAACCAGAAGGUGUUGACAUAGGAUACUGGGAAAGCCUCUUAUCUCAAUUAAAAGCGCAUAUGGCAAGGGCACGAUUAAGAGAUCGACACCAAGAAAAUUUGCGGAAAAAAUUGGAAGUCUUAAUCGCUGAACAGGGUGUAGCUAGAAUGGAAAAUGAGCCUGAUUCUUUGCAAGCACACAUCGAAACACCCGGGGAACAAUCAGAAAAACAAGAUGCACCCUCUACUAGUACAGCUAUAGAAAAAAGCGAGGAAAGUCAGUCCGAUGAUGAUCAAGAAACUAUUAACGCGGCUGACGAUCUUUUGUCAGAAUCUUUUUGCGAAUAUGAAUCUGGAGGUUAUUCACCAAAAUAUAUACCUUACUGUCAACUUGAACCAGGAACAAUAGUCACUUUAGAAGAAGAUGAUAAUCAGCGAUUAGAAUAUGCGAGAAAUCAAGUACUUAGUACCGGACGGAAAAUUCAGAACGUUAUGACCGCGGAAGAACAAGCUAUGCACAGGGAAGCACGUAAAAAUAUGGGUUCCGAUGAGGCACAAUUUAGCGUUGAGUCUUCUUUAGAAGCACAAAUUUACUUGUGGUCUGACAAGUAUAGACCUAGAAAGCCAAGAUAUUUUAAUCGUGUACAUACCGGUUUUGAAUGGAAUAAAUAUAAUCAAACACAUUACGACAUGGAUAAUCCGCCACCGAAAAUUGUUCAAGGCUAUAAAUUUAACAUUUUUUAUCCGGAUCUUAUAGACAAAAACACAACGCCUGAGUACUUUUUGAUGAAAUGCGGCUCGUCGGUUUACGGAAAUCUGGAGAGACCAAAGACUGCGAAUCUCGAGAAACCGAGUGUCUUGGAUCCGAAUCUCGUUGACAAACUCGACAUGUCUCUGCUGAGCAAAGAGCUGCUCAGUGACUCUAUGACGUUGUUCCGCCAUUCGAAAAUAAUUAGUGGGGGAACAUUGUCGUUUCCUUCGUCGUCAAGGUGUCGUCAAGACGUCACUGUUGGCGAACGACGACAACAGCAGCAGCAGCAACAACAACAACAACAACAACAGAGGCCAGCGUCUAACGGCGCAGUAGCGGCGUGGUGCAGUGAUUUAGCAUCGACGCGACACAAACGACGGACAUUCGAACAGAUUUUGGACACAAGGCUCGGGCACGUCGACGUCUCUUCAGAAUCACCAAAAAUGCAGAAACAGGCGCGCAUCACUGGUCAGGAUACCGCGAUGACCAAGAAGAGCAUGGAUAAUAAAAAAUUGGAUGACAAUAACAAUCGAAAUGGAACAAUCGGCCAUAAGGUACCGCCCCUCUCCACGUUAAAGAAGAAAAGUUCAAGCCCGACGAUACAAAACGAUCUGGAGGUGUUCACAGCUUCCUCGACAAAGACCGCCCCGGAACCGUGCAAAAGUUGCGGUGCGGCAAAUCAACCGGAACGAUUUCACAGUCACCCGAAGAGUAACCAGCAAAAGAUCAAAGAUAGCCCGACAAAUUCCAAUACGAAAAUCUCGAUACCAAAAACCGUUCAGAAACCUGUUGCUUUGCACUUUCGCAGCGGCAAGAACAAAAAUAACAUCGAAAUCGAGCAAGGAUUAGUUCCAGAUUUUAAGUCGAAAUCGGCUAGUCCGCAAUCGUGCAAACCGACUAAGAAAGGACCAAGGACCAUCACUUGUUACAUAUGUGGCCGCGAAUUCGGUACCGCCAGCUUUCCUAUUCACGAGCCUCGGUGUAUGCAAAAAUGGGAACGAGAAAAUAACUGUUUGCCUGCCAACCAAAGACGUCCGACACCUCAAAGACCCGAAACACCGAUCGUCGAUCGAUUAGAAUGGAACGCAGCGGCAUGGGAAGAAAGUCAGGCACAAUUAAUUCCGUGUUUCAAGUGCGGAAGAACAUUCAUACCGGAACGUCUGCCGAUACAUCAGAAAAGCUGCAAAGCUCCACCAAAGAAUCCUGACUCGGACAAGUCGGGAAGCUCCGGUCUAGAAAAGUCUACGAGCACCUCUCGAUCCGUACCACCCACAGUUGCUUGUCAAAGUUGCGGCAGAAACUUUGGUACGAAGAGUAUCAAGAUACAUGAGCCUCGAUGUAUCAAGCGGUCUCAAAUGGAGAACGACAGACACCUGCGAAGGAAAGACUCGUUGAGCGUACAAGAAAUCUCAACCAGUCCAACGGGGGAGCAACAGAAGAGGAUGGUCACAUGUUACAUAUGUGGUAGAGACUUUGGAUACACUAGCAUAACCAUUCACGAGCCACAGUGUCUGAAAAAGUGGCACGUGGAGAACGAGAAAUUGCUGCCUGGCGACAGAAGAAAAGAACCCCAAAGACCUGAGCUUAUUUACACUCGUAAUCCAGAAACAGGAAGUAUGGUAGUCGACGUGGUAGCGAUGGCCGAGGCUAACUGGAAAUCGCACCUGAAUCAAUUGGUCCCGUGCAAAUACUGCGGAAGGACCUUUAAUCCCGAUCGUGUAAGCAUUCACGAACGGAGCUGCAAGGGGAAUCGCUGAAAUUUUAUAUCAUAGUUACAAUGGAGCCGACAAAAGAAUCUACUUGAAAAAUGUUCUCGUUUGUAUAAUGCGGAAUAGGGUUUACCUGCUCCACCAUAGACCGAGUCGAUUCUCUCUUCGAUCCAAUUCUAGAGGAUCGCGUUCUUGAACAAUUGUAAAACAAUUUAAUAUAACAGUAGGUUUUCCUCUAAUUAUUCCGAGCAGUAUAAACAAAUAAUAUGAUUUUGAUGUAUUUCUAUCGUAAAAAUUUUAAUGCACGCAUAUACAUGUAUAUAUUUAAAAAAAAAAAAAAAAGAAAAAGAAAAGUCAAAUUCGUUACGUGUGACAAUUUGUUUUAGUAAAAUAAUUUCACAGUAUAAUGUUAUAAUGUAUAUAAAAGACGAAUGUAACGUUGCACGAACACUGUCCUUAAAAAUGAGUGUAUUACGCACAAUUCAUUACUAUUUUCAUAGUCGCGAUAACGAAGAUUAAUAAUUAUUAAUGUCUUUUAUACACGUGUAAUCUAGGUAUAAUAUAUGUAGAGUAGUGAUUGUUAAAUUGACGCAGUAUUUUGUAUGAGUACAUUGUACAAUGUUGAUAACAAUAAGAAAGUAACGUUUAGUGAUGUA